ACAAUGCAAUGUGUGACAUCUGACAUGCUGAGAGAGAGCACCACGUGAAGAACCAGAUGAAAAGGUGCAUUCAUGUUCCUCUGUUAAAAUCAGGAGGGGGCAUAAGAAUUCACAGAGAAAUACCUAUACCUCAUGUGACUCUGACCAACUGUGUUGCUCUGGUUGAUCAGUAAGGUAAGCUGCUGCUCCUGCCGCUGCUGAGGAAUAUGUUGAUGGAGGGGGUUGCUUGUUCGUCUUCUUCUGCCCGUCUUGAUGUGAACUAGAGCUUGUGGUGAGACCGGAGGGGAAACACGCAGUCAGAGUGGUCGUCUUGUGCUUUCAGAGCCAGGGCACUUUCACGGAUUUCAUCACGAUGGCUUGGAGAGGAGGGAGAACACGUCCGUUUUAUCGACAAAUUCCUUAUUUAAACUAAAGACGGGUGUUGUUUCAGACCCGAGGACUGAGAAGAAAAAGAAAAGGUGAUGAGCUGGAUAGUGCCAUGUGAAUAAUGAAGACCAUGAAGCCCACACACAAGGCGCUGUUCAUCCUGUGCCCCACGCUGGUCCUGGGCUUUAUUUACUACUCCUCCGGGAAGCUGCAUCUACACGUAUGGGGCCCGAAGCCUCAGAGUGAUGCAGAAGAGACAACUGUAGUCCUGACUAAAGGGGCAGAAGUGAAAAGAAUUCCAGAGUUGGAAACGGAAAUCACCGGGGGACGAAUAGUAGGCUCAGUGUAUGAUAAGCAGGGCUUUCUGCUGCAGCUGGACACAAAACUGCCACAGGAGUUGGCGUACAAGUAUGGCAACCUCAGCGAAGGAGCGUGCAAGCCGGGAUACGCAGCAGCCAAGAUGACCACCAUCUAUCCUAAGUUCAUGAAACCAGCACCCAUGUUUCUUGAUCGAAACUUCAAACUUCUUGCAAAAGUCAGCAAUUACUUACCUCCGUUUGGAUUCAAAACACAAGAGAGAGUCAUAGACAGCAUUCUCACUGCCACAAAAUAUUACGGACUCGGGGAGUAUCUGGACAGUCUCAGCUGUAAAAGAUGCAUCAUUGUGGGCAACGGGGGAAUCCUGUUCAACAAGUCUCUGGGCUCCCGUAUAGAUGAAUACGAUGUCGUAGUGAGGUUGAAUGAAGCCCCGGUAAAAGGUUACAGCAAAGACGUGGGGACCAAAACCACCAUUAGGAUUACCUAUCCAGAGGGAGCGAUCCAGAAGAGCGACAACUAUGAAAAAGACUCCCUUUUUGUUUUUUCCGCUUUCAAACCACUGGAUUUCAAGUGGCUCAGACAGAUGGUCUUCAAGGAGAAACUGAGGGGGACAGAGGGUUUCUGGAAGUCGGUGGCUCAGUAUGUGCCUCGGGAGCCCACAGAGAUGAGAAUCCUUAACCCCUACUUCAUCCAGGAGGCUGCCUUCCAGUUCAUUGGCCUGCCCUUAAACAACGGCCUCAUGGGCAAAGGGAACAUUCCAACUUUGGGAACAGUUGCUAUAACGAUGGCGCUGCAUAACUGCGACGAGGUUGCGGUGGCUGGUUUCGGCUACGAUAUGAACACGCCCCACGCGCCUCUGCACUAUUACGAGACCGUCAAGAUGUCUGCCAUUAAAGAGUCAUGGACACACAACAUAUCCAAGGAGAAGGAGUUCCUGCGCAAGCUGGUGAAGGCCAACAUCAUCACAGACAUGACCAACGGUAUCUGAGUUUACAGUCUCCCCUCGCCUUCCCCAAAGGACUACGAAACAGGAAACUGAGCAAUGGAUCGACUCUGGGAAAAAGAACCCUUUAGAAUCCGGGUGGCCUGUCGUUUUCAUAUCAAAGGAGAUUAUUUAACAGGAAAAAAGAAAAAAAAAAUACAGAUACAGGAGGUUUUCUGUGGAGAGAUGUGCCUUCUGAACCAAAGACUCCUGCUGAUUGAAGCAGGGAGCGGGGGGGUGGACACGGAGGACUGGUCCUGCCUGUCUUAUCGAAGGACAGCGGCAGCGAGGCUCUGUGGCCCCGCGCUCUAAACGUUUACCACUUCAUCCCCUGGAGUAUCACAUGGGUGAAUAAUAAAGAGAAGUUUGACAGAUGUCGGGAUCCAGCUCACUGGCUGACAUGUUGAAGGGACAGAAGAGAAAGGAAAGAGGAGAGCGUUGGGGGGGUGGGUCGAUUAUUAGCAGUGCCAAACGUACCUCGUUCAGGGGAGAGGCCAUCCUCCUCCUUUUGCUGCCUGAAUGUAUUCACUUUCCUCAGUGUAAAUAUCAAAGAUUUUUACUGUGCUUUUUAACAAGCUGGAGCAGCAUCCCCCCCCCCCCCCCCCCCCAAUCGCCAUUUGUCCAUUCAUUCACUUUUUUACUGCCUGUCUAGGGUCCAAAAUGAACACUUGCCAAACCAGUUGACAGUAGAUAAAUCAGCGGGGGUCACCUGCCACACAGACUGCUGUCACUUCGAGUCGCUAACAGUCGAGUGGGUUACAUUUUUUCUCAGUUUUCUCUGUAAAGUCUUUGUAAGGGAAUAAUAUCAGGCUGUGUAAAUGAGUUCUUUCUGCGACACAGAGCGGCUGUGUGAGUUAUCCCCAUGUGGCUCUCACAUUAGGUCCCCAGAAAUAUGAAGCUGUAUGAGAUUCUCUACACAGGGGAAAUGUAUAUGAACUAAAUUAUUUUAAUUUUGGGAUUUUUAAUUUUGGGAUAUUUAAUUUAGACGCUCCGCCAAAGUUAAAUUCAGACAUCUUCCUCUCUCAAGUCUCUUUGUAAAUCCCUCAUCCUCUCGCCCCGGCCAUGUCACGGUACUGCCUUCAUCUCUUCAUCAGCUGCAGAGCCUCCGGGCCGCAGCGCAGCCGCACAGCAGCGUGUCCCGCCGCGGUCAGGGAGAACACGUCCUGUAUCCCUCCUCCAACCUCCAACCUCCCACAUUUUCUUGUUCUUGGGUUAAUGGUGAAAUCUCAGAUUGUAGAAUGUAAAUAUAUAUUUUUGUUUUUCGGUCAAUAUUAAUUAUUUAUUUUGUAUUGUUGCGAAGUCUCAACUUCUUUCGGUCACAGGUAGGCCUGCUUUCUGUUGUUGUUGUUGUUGUUGGAAGAAAAACAACAACAUUUAGAAUUUUCUUUUCACCACCGUGUUUCCACAGAGACGGCAUCAUCUUUUAAGUUUGUGGCAGAAGCAGUGUUGUGCUCUAGCCAAAUAGUUUCAGUAAUAAAUGUUAGACGGCUAACCUUUAUGACCGUGUUCUAGUUAACUGUGGAAACAUAGAAGCACAUUUCUUUAAAUCGAGGGGAUCUGGGUUGAUCAUCUCCACGCUCAAUCUCCAAUGAGCACGAUAGACGUGCUGAAGGUCUUUGCACUUCGCAGAUGAAGGUACCACACUCAUUUUAGUAUUUCAACUCUGCAUGAACAUAGAACAUGUUCAGUAUUACACAAUCAACCCCUUUGCCUCUCCUUCUGCUUCCUCAUGCACAAGAUGUGAGAAUAUCAAAAAGGCACAUCUGUUUUUUUUGUCAUUGUAUCAAAUCAAUGUGGUAAUCAUCUUUAUAUAGUGAUGGUUCAUUUGAAUACUGCUUUAUCAAAGCAGGGAUUUGUUUUAAAGUUUUUUGUUGAAUGACAUUUAAAUGAGGUUUUCUCUUUCUACUUCUUGCAUAUUGACUACACACAGAUUCUCUUCCAUUCCUGUCAAUCUGCUGCAGUCUGUUUCAUUCUUCCAUACGUUCCUGUUCCCUUACACUCUCUCUCCGCUGGGCUGUGCAGCAGUGUGUGUGUGUGUGUGUGUGUGUGUGUGUGUGUCCCGGUCCCUGUUGAGAGCGAAGGCUCAGGGAACAGCUGACCAUUGCACUAUCACAAGGCGCUCUCAGUGCCUUACACCUCAUCUCCUGGAAACUGUAGCGAGGAGAGCCGCCACAGCUGAUCCAGUGUCUGAGAUCAGCUCCGGGUCAGGACUGGUCAGUCUUCAUUUCUGUGAUUUGGGACCAGUCCAUUUCAUAUCUGUGCUGUAUGUACAUUAUAUACAGUGUGGGAAGACCUGAAGCUCCGUACUUGUUGUUUAGUGUGUUUUAGCCCAACUAAAUAUUCCAGUUUCUGAUUAUGGCAGCUUUCAUGAUGCGAGAAAUGACUAAACCAGCUUCCUCUGUGGUUCCUUAUUCCUGAUUUUAGGCAGCAUACAUUAUAGGGGCACUACACCAAUUGACCAGCCUGUAGGAAUCUGUAUAAUGUCUGUAAUAUCUUUGUAAGGUCUGAGGAAAUGUAGCAUCUUUUUUUAGUUUGGAGCUUAACUCAUAUUGGGGAUUUAAAGUCUGGAUAUUUUGCUCUCUGCUGCUACGAUUUUGAUUCAAUUCAUUUUUUAAAUCGGUCUCUUGUGAGAGUGCAAUGCCAGAUCACGGGAGAACCUCUUGCAUUCUUGAACGUGAAAACAUCGAGUUUGAAACUGGUCUCUGCUGACUGCCCCAGGACCGUAUCACUAUAAUGUGACUUGACAAAGAAAAAAGGAGACUGUCAUAGAAUAUGUCCAGUAAACAGGUCAGAUGUAUAGUGUACUGAAAUGAUUUGAAACAAGUGGCUCCUUUGAAGGCAGAGAAAUCCAUCUGAAAUAUCAUCGUGUUUUUUGGAAAAGGUCAUUAAUAAAGCAUGUGAAGUCAGUGGGCUAAAACACACCAAACCACCAGUACGGUCUUUAAAGCUCUGAGACUAAGCAGACCCUCAGUUGGAGUUUCUUCUUCUGUUUUUUUUGUUCUUCUUCUAGGUUAUGAAUUUGUACGCAUGCUGGAGGAGUUCAAAUGAGUUGGACCCAAAUCGCCUCAUCUUCAUAACCUGUUCAUGUUAAAGCAGAAUGUAUUCGCUUUGAUCAUCGAUCAUAUUUCAAAAGAUUUUCUUUUUUUCAUUCCUCCAUGAUCAGAAGGAAGUCAAAGUGUUACCGUUUUUUUAUAUACAGUUAUAAAUGGCUUUCUGCAACUCAAUAAAUACGUUUGUAAUGGA